GGGGACCAAUAUUGAUGAUGCACUGGUGUUUUACUUCCAUUGUGGCUUUUUUAUUUGCAUCCUUUUAUUUUUGCAGUGAGAACCUUUUUUUUGUUUGCUUUUUAAUUCUUUCACCUCUUUUUUUGUGUGUCGUUAACUUCCGUUGUGGCUUUUUUUUUUGCAGUGGGCUUCGGUUUCUUUCUUUUUUUUUUUUUUUUUUGCAUUCUUUUUUUUUUAUUUGCAGCAGUGGCGGUUCUUGGCCACUGUAGUGAAUCGCUGGUACUUCAAAUAAAGAAACAACCGUCAGUGAAAAAUUGAAUUCAGAAGGGAACAAUAUAACAAGAAUAAGUUUAUAGUCCAUAGUAUGAGGAUCACAGACGCUGAAAUGCUAAAAUAAAUUAGAAUAAAAUACCUGACUAUUUCAAAACAAGUUCUAAUAAAAGGUAUUCAAAACUGUUGCUUCAGUAUACAGGGAAAAGCGAAGUUAAUAGAUCUUUUUUUUUUUUGUAAAGGUUGUUACAGGUUAGUGAAAAUAGCCUACAAAACCCUGUCCAGUUGGUGGCGGUAAUGCGCCAUUUAGUUGUCUGUAAACUCCCAUUGAAAAAAAAAAAAUGACCGGAGAAGAAGAAGAAGUUGGUGAGUUAUCGGAAUUCCGAGGUUCCUUGAAGGGGACAUGAAGAUAAACAGACGCACACCAUGCAGACGAUCGGGGUCCACGGCGCUACGAAUGACCUAACCAGCUAACAAACGGGGAUUUUAUCAGAAGACAACAUCCCUCUGAAUCUUAAUUCUGUGUGUCUGCGUAACUAGGAUCAGUCAGGUAAGUAAAUAUGUUCCCGACGCCCUUGUUAGCUAACGUUAGCUCCUGUAAGCUAAAGUUAACUCUGCCGUUAAAGUUAGCUAGCCUAACGUUCCCAAAUGUCGUAUUUCUGGACAUAUUAACAACCUCAGAGGACCAAAUACUGUUUUAUUUUUACACUACUUAAUCCAAUUUUAUCAUACAAUACACAAAAAAGCUGCCAACUGCUAAACUGAAUAAAGUGUUGUGAUCUAUUUGAUGAACUUUGACAUUAUCGUUACGUUAUUAUUAAUUAUGUAAGACUCGGGCCUUUGUUGAGAGCUGAGACGGGGACGUUCGUCAUUAAACACAAUAACUGUGUCGGUCUGGGACUAACAUCAAGUUAAGACAUGUUUUUAUGAAUGCAACAUAUUAGAAAUCUAAUGGCUUUACAUAAUAGGUCUCUUCAUUAACAUUAGAACAAGUUCAGGUGCUGUAAGGAAUUAUAGAUAAAACAGUCUUACUGAACAUUAGAGGGAAUUAAAAGAAGAUAGGCGAGGCAAGAUAUAGAAAUAUGACAGUAGGCAACAGUGGGAUUGUGGAUAUAUUAAAUAUGCAUCACUUACAUUUGAAAUAUUUUGAUCCUAAAUCUUAAAACAUGACAUUUACUAAGGGAAGAAAAGAUGUGUGGAACUAAAAUGAAAAUUAAAUCAAAUUAUGGUUUUAGUUAAAGCACCUAACUCGCAUGUUAAACCCUCAGAGGCCCCCUGUGGUUAAAGCAGUACUUAAUAUACCUUCACAGAAUUUUCUACAAGAUGUCCAAGUAGUAUCACCUGACCCAAAAUCUCAUCCUGCUGGCUUUUAAGUACUAAAUGUGUCCCAGAAUCAUGGAUGUUUGUCUGCAGAAAAUAUUGCUUAAAAGUUGGAUAAACAGCUGAUGGGGGGCUCAGGGCUCAGAGUGGAUUUCACAGGAGUUGCACACUGACAUUGAUUUGAGAGUAAACAUUGUUUAAGGUUAAAGAUAAGCGCUGACAUGUUAUGGUGUGUUUCUGUGUUCGCCUGGAAGGUUCAGAGCAGACUGAAGAAGCAGAAGAGCAUGUGUGCCUUUGUUUUCCAGUUAUAAAAUAUUUAUUUUUGAUAUGAUUAAACUGGGUGGGAUUGUGUUGUUGGGACAGGGUGUUUUAUCGCCUGUCAGAGUGAAUUUGAGGUGGAAGUUUGUGAGUCACAGAAAAAAGCCCCUCCUUAAUUUCAUUACAAUCUUGCAAAACUUCUGCUUUCUGAAACCAUUUCAACCAUUUUCACCUCAUUCCUGUUUCUGCACAAAUCUCAGCUGUAGGAUAUCAGAGUUGAAUUCAUUCUGAGCUUUUUGUCACCGUCUCUGUCUCCGUGUGUUCAGCCUCUCACUUUGACAAACACGCACCGUCAGGAUGGUGUCGUACAAGCGGCUCAACCCUGAAGAUAUUCAGUUUUCCGGCGCUCUGCUGUCAGAGGAGCCUCGCUCUGUGCGGGAGGAGAUUUCAGUAAGUGCAAAUGUUUUCUUCUUUUUCUGCCUCGAACCAUCUGCAGAGCGUAAGAUCUUUUCGUGACCUCCAGUCUGUGCUGCAGAGAAUUCAGAUCUCGGCUGUCAAAGCUCUGGGAAGUUUUCAGACUCCACUGUCUCAGUCUCACUUUUUCACUGUUCAAUUGUGCUCUGUACGCCUUCUCAGGAGCUUAAGGGAUAAUCCAGCUGCCUGAUAGUCUGAAAAGAAAUCUGCUAAUUUGGAAAUGGGUCUAUUGUUCCAGUUCCUUCUCAUACAGAUGCGCUGAGAUUUCUCAAGUAGCUCUUUUUUAUUGAGCUGUAUGAUUUGGACUUUUUGUUUUACUAAGGCAAACUACGUCAAGGUGUGUGUAGACUCUGUAGAAACUCUGUAGAAAUGGAAGAUUUUAAUCCUAGAUUAUUCCCUGCCUCAGUCAUUAUCAUGUCACACUUGAAAACAUUUCCACUAAGACUCUUAUGAUAAUGUUUUAAGGUGCCGGAGCAAGAGGAAGCUACUCUGCUUCCACGGCGGCCCACAUGCUCCGUCACCACCAGCCUCCUGGUUCUGGGUUUCCUGCUCCUGCUCCUCUGUGGAGGCUGGCUGCUGGGCUCCAUGUUCUGGCUUCACAGGCCGUCCAACAAAGACCCGCACAGACUUCCGUCACCAGCCGCUGCACCGACACUCGAGUACAAUCAAAAGAAGGAGAAAGGACUGAACGACACCGCUUCCGCUCUUCGCCGCGAGGCUUGUUCUCUGAUCCCUGAAGCGUGGAGGUUUGAUUGUUACCCUGAGAGAGGCGUGGUCGUGACCCAAGACCUGUGUGAGGCCAGGAACUGUUGUUUUAUCCCAGCGUCAGGGAGGAAUGGGAUCCCCUGGUGUUUCUACCCUCCGGAUUUUCCCUCCUACUCGCUUGUGUCAACAAACGACACCUCCCUGGGAGUGAAAGGUACGCUGGUGAAGGAUGUGAAGACGUACUACCCGGCAGACAUCCUCACUCUGGAUCUGGAGAUUCGCUAUGAGACGGACACACGGCUGCGUGUCAGGGUGAGUGAGAGUCCAAUAACUGUUUCUGUUUCACGGUAAAGGCUCUUUGACUCAAAUGUCAAAAUAACAGAAAAAGUCGCCUUAAGCUGAAAUGUUCUUCUUCAGAGCUUCAAUAGAUCCUCUUUUUUCAGGGCCAGUACAGAUACUGACCAUCAGGGAUCGAUAAUUCCUGUAGGGGACAUAUGUGCAGUGACGGUAAAAUUGAAAACCUUUAUGUAGGGCUGCACGAUUCAUCGAUUUUAAAUCGUAAUCAGAUUAUUUGAUUAUGACGAUGUUAAAAAAAUUAAAAUCGUCAAAUCGAUUUUCCUCUCUAUCGUCUCGCGCCUCCAGGCUAAGGUAGGCUCCCUAGUUCCCACACACACCAGUGUAAACAAACAUGGCGUUUGCAAAAGAAGCCGAUAAUUUUGUGGUUAAAUAGGACAAGAGCGAGUCAGUCGUGUUGAAUUGGUACGACUUCACAGUUUUAGAUGAAGAGCAAACCACUCCCCGCUGUGAAGUCUGUCUGAAGGCGGUAUAAACCCGUCACCAUGGAGACGAAUUCAGCAGUAAACGCAAAAGUUUUUUGUCGUAUCGGCGUUUCAUCCACACGGAAACGGCGUUUCGGGUAACUGUAAACUGUACUUUUUGAAAACGGGUCAGAGAGUGAAUAAAUCUGUAAACAACGACCAUUUCACCUCCGUGUGGAUGUCUAUCUGCAUCUCUGGAAACGAUCAUGUGACACACAGAGUAACUCUGUUAUGGCGCCAAAACAACCUUCUUUCACAUGCUCUGUACUCUUCUUCUGUCUUUUAUGCAUUUCCUCUACAGCGUUACAGCGCCACUUACUGGCUUGGCAUAUGAACUACAUCUUUUUCAGCGGUUUCGUUCUGAGAGAUGAUAGAAAAACCUUUUUAGUAAAGUGAAGUUUAGUGAAGUUGCCACUGCAUAAAAAAAAAAUCAAAAUUGAGUCUUCAGAGAAAGAAAUCAAGAUUUUAUUUCCGUCCCACAUAUAAAACCAGACAAAUGCAGCUGAUGUGAACGUAGAUCGUGUUUUCUCUCUUCAAAGCAGAUUAUUUGUGUUUGAUUAUUCGACUAAGCGCUCUACAUGUCCAGUUUGAAUAGUGAAACAUCUUUUUUUUGGCCAAUGAAAUGAAGUUAUGGUGUUUCAGAGAGUCUUACAUAAUUAAAGCUAUCGUCGUCAUCAUUUAUGAGAGAGGGCGUCGUAUUUUAACCACCAAGCUCUGUCACUGUGUACAGAGGUCUCACAGACCCACAGCUGUUUGAUCAGGAUGUGGGUGUAAAGGUGCAGUCAUAAAUUCUUCGAUCAGAUCAUUUAGUUUUAUUACAGAGCCUGUAAACUGUCUUAUUACUAACGGUUUAUGUCAUCUUCUUCCCUCCAGGUUACUGACCCCUCCAGUCCUCGCUUUGAGGUGCCGAUCCCGGUCCCCACCGCCACCAAGAAGGCGGAAAGUCCAGAUUACACGGUGGAGCUUUCGAAGACGCCGUUCGGUCUCAUUGUGAGGAGAAAAUCGACGGGGAUGGUGCUGUGAGUCUGACUUUUCUGACUGCAUCAGGGCGGCUAAAGAUCUCAGUCAGCUAUGGUUAAAAACAAUCACAGUGUAAUCUUACAAUAAACCACAUCAUGUCAUGUCUCCUGAUAGUCUGAACACCACCGUGGCUCCACUCUUCUACGCCGACCAGUUCCUCCAGCUCUCCACCUCCCUGCCCAGUCAGUUCAUUUAUGGCCUGGGCGAGCACCGCUCCACCUUCCUGCACGACGUCCACUGGAACACGCUCACCAUGUGGGCCAGAGACGUGCCUCCGACGGUAUGACGGUGAUCGCUUUUAUUCAGUUUAUUUAUGUUACGAGAAGACUCAGAUAUGAACCUGUACCUGGUCUUAACCCUUAAUCCUUCCUUAGUAUGAGCCUCUGGUCUCCUGUUCUGAUUCCUAACCUUAAAGAGGAUCUUAGAGUGAAACAGAAACUCUCGCUCAAAUGUGAUCGAAGGAAAAAAACAAACAUGGAGACAGACCGUCGGGUCAGAUGGUUUCACUUCUGCUUUUUACUGUAAAAAUGAACAAGAAGGUGUCGACACACGUAUGACAAACAAGUUUAAAUCCCACUAAUAAUAACAGGAUUAAUCUGAAGAUUUGGACCAAAUACCAGGAGCAUCUCACAGUCAAAUCACAUCUGUUUCCAAUAACAUGAGGAGAGGACUCGAUUUUGUGUGAGCACGCGCUCUACAGUAGCUCUCUGCUUCACAUAACAAAAGAAUUAUUAAAUAAAUGAAUAAAAUACAGUUUUUCUUCUUGAUACUCGCUGACCGGGUCAUCGUCUCAGGAAAGAGGUCAAAGCUCGGAGGAAAUUACCCCGAACUCUGGACGGCUUCCACCUUGUGUUCUGAAACCCUGUCUGUCAAGAAAACGUCUUUAUUUGUCCACAACAACCUCAAUAUGAGAGACGACUCUCUGUUACCUUUCGGGUAUGAUGAGGCCUUUUUGUUUUUUUAAAGGGGGGGUUAACCACAGACUUAAAAAUAGCAGUUAAUGAUGUUAAUCUUGGCGGUACAAAAACAUGGUGCUCAGCAGGUACAGGGAGGAAGAAGAGCUUCGAUUAUCGGGUGUUUUUAUGAAUGAUUAAUUUACCUUUUUUAACACUAUUUAUGUUCUUUUUUUUUGUUAGUUGUUAUAUUAAGAGCUUUGCCUUUCGGCUCGGCUCCCUCUUCUCCACGACAGAUCUGUGCAGCGUCCGCAUCACUGCUGACGCCGCACCAGUACGUCUGUCGAUCUCCCGCUCCAUUCUUUCCUCAUUUAUGAACAGGACUUCCUCGACUUAGGCCGGGAUCUGAACCCCCUCAACACCCUGGCUGCACCUAGAAAUUCUGUCCAUGAAAGUUGUUAAAAAGAUCGGUGAGAAAGGGCAGCCCUGGCAGAGCUCUGGCACCGAUAGUACAGGGAACAAACAGCCCGUAUAAUAGUGCCCGGUACCCUAGACUCCUGAAGAGCCCCUCGCAGGAGUCCCCAAAACAAAUAAACCAAAGCCUAAUGAUCAUUUUUAUCAAGCUAUGGUGUUCUAUCUUAUACGAGUCAGUGUCAAAUAUAAGGUCUUUUAUUUUAAAUGUGCGUUAUCGACACACUUGGAUUGGACUGAGUUUUUCUCCCCCUCCUCAGACAUGUCAGAUCACAUCCGUCUCUUGUAUUUCUUUAGGAGCAGACAAACCUGUACGGAGCCCACCCGUUCUACCUGGUGAUGGAGGACGGAGGAAACGCGCACGGCUUCUUCCUGCUCAACAGCAACGCGAUGGGUGAGUCUGCGGGACGCCCUGAAACCUUCGCUUCAGGUUUCACACGUCUGAGCCGUAAAAAACGAGGAGAUUAAUAAAGUGUCGCAACCGUUCUGAGUAAAAGAUUAAGCAAUUUAUGGAAACAGAAGUUCCCAUCAGGAAUUUCAGCUUUGUCAGGGUCGCAUGACUGCAGCAUCGGAGCGGUUUCACUUCACAGGAGUUCAUUUAGAGUUCAGGCUGUUUUCAUAAGAACAGAGGAAGAGGGUUGUUCAUUGGAAACUCGGUCAAAGUCUCAUUUCAUUCAUUUCAUUUGAUAUUCAUUAUGAGGAAAGUGUCUGAAUCUCCCCCUCUCUUCAUCAGACGUGGCCCUCCAGCCAGCUCCUGCUCUCACCUGGCGUGCGAUCGGAGGAAUCCUCGACUUCUACGUUUUCCUCGGCCCUGAUCCGGGUGCAGUGAUUGAACAGUAUGUGGAGGUCAUAGGUCAGUAUCCUGGGGGUGUGGGACGGUUUUGUCUCAGAGUUUUACGGCUUUAAAAACACAUUUGUUUCUUUUGGCCAAGCGGCUGUUUCAGAGCUGAACUGUUCUUGGUGUUCCAGUUCACAGGAGCGACUUUAGUGAAACGUUUGAGCUGAUUUUCCUGGAAGAAAAAAAGUUUGAAUACUUGUUUUUGAAGGUGGAUGUGGUGUUAGCUUCAGGUUUUUGUACUUUAAGGUCCAUUCAGGAUCAGAUUUCUUUCCUUUUUCUCUCUAAAAGGAAAGAUCUUUGUAAGGAUGCCUAUCCCAUGGUCCACAUGGUUGUUGUAAUGUGAACGACCACACAAAAAGAUCGGAUUUAACAAAAAAUCUGUAUUGUGCAUCAUAACCUGCAGUGUGAACGCAGCGUAAGUUUUUGUUUCUUCUUUUUUAUCCUCUUUUUUCCUCCACAGGUUUUCCAGCGAUGCCCAUCUACUGGGCUUUAGGCUACCACCUCUGUCGUUGGGGCUACAACACCAGCGACUCCACCCUGGAGGUCGUGAAGAGAUUGAGGGAUAACAGGGUACCCCAGGUAAAACCGACCCAGAAGACCGUUUAUUUGUGUUUGUCACAUGACCGCUUACUCAUCAUUUCCCAUUUACAGGAUGUCCAGUGGAACGAUAUCGACUACAUGGACCGCUUCAUGGACUUUACUUAUGAUCCAAACAAGUUCGCCACUCUGCCGGACAUGGUCAAAGACCUGCACGCUCAUGACCAACGCUACGUCAUCAUGCUGGUACUCCAGAGUUUGUGUUAACCUUAACCCUUUGGUUCCUGUUAAUUUGAAGCUCCAUCCAGCUGACUUUGUCCUCAAAAUGGACAUGCAGAUAAGGGUUCAUAAAAUAAUCUUUUUUUUUUUUGCUUUUUUUGACUCAAAAUUCUUAAAUUCUUACUUGUAGCACAUAAAGUUUCAUUCAAUUCUGAUGAUGUUUCGUAAAUGAAAUAGCGCUUCAAACACUCUCAGUCCAUGAAUGAAGACUUGAGUGCGGGGUACUGAAGGGUUAAAAUUAUCUGUUAUGUUCGAAAGUAAAAUGUAGAGCCGUGGUGAUUGAGUGACUGCAAAAAACAGGUUGCAAAAUCAUGUUAUGGUGCCAUAAACACAUGUUCAAAAAAUGUGUUUUUAAUGGAGGUCUCUUGUCCUUUUUGUAGACUAAGUAUGGUGGAUGGAGCUGAAAUGCUGCGAUCGAGUUUUCUCUUGGCGACCCUUUUUUAAGAAUAAGAACUCUCACCAAAUUGAAUUCCCAGAUCUUAAAAAAUGUGACUGUCAGCUCAAAAUAAAGAUGAACAAAAAUGAAAACUGUCCUCACAAUGGACACAGUAGAUACCAGUAGAAACCUGUGUGUGAUCCCUCUUUUGGUUUGUUUGGUGUGACUUCUCCGUCUCCUCCUGCAGGACCCCGGCAUCAGCAGCACCCAGCCUGAGGGGACGUACUGGCCGUUUGACGAGGGGCUGAAGAGAGACAUUUUUAUCAAAGACGCUGAAGGAAAAACACUCAUUGGAAAGGUGAGAAACUGGACCUUGUCUAAAGUUUCACAAACAAGAUUAUCCCCACACAAUGCUGCUUUUCUGUGUGUGUGAAUUCAUUCAGUCUGUGCUGGAUUAACCGAUAAAUGCCGUGUUUACAUUCUCGGUUUUAUGAGUGACAGAGUGAAUAAUUAGCAAUUACGAUUAGAUAUGAUUUAACAGCCAAAAUAAAACAUUGCAUUGAAGCCUGAGGGGCAGAAGUGUAACUGCAGAGCAGCAGCAGCAGCAGGUAUGUGCAGCACCUCCCUUUAUCACCACAUUAAGCUCAUUUUUCCACCUGCUUCGGACUCUGGAUUUCACGCCUUUGUCUAACAUCGAUAUCAGACUUCCACAGAAAAGCCAAAUCACACAAAGUCAGAGCGGGGUCUACUGCCAAGUCUGACAAACAAAUUCAGGAGAGAAAAUAUUUGUACAAAAAAAAAAAACAGAAGAAAAAACAUAGUCAGAAAAAUAGAAAGAAGAAAAAAAUUUAUCCAAACAGAAAAAGAAAAAUUUGUCCAAGAAACAGAAAGAUGAAAAAAAAAAACAGUAUGAGAAACAGACAAAAAAUUGUCCAAAAAAAAAGAAAGACGAAAUAAAUAUUUUGAAAUAGUACAAAACAACAGGAAUUUUUUUUUUUUUUCGAAAAACAGAAAGAGGGGGGAAUAUAUUUGUAUGAAAAAAUAGAAAGAAGAAAAAAAAAUUAUCCAAAAAGAAUAAGAAAAAUUUGUCCAAAAAACAGAGAAAAAAACCAAUGAAAAACAGAAAAUAAUUUGUCCAAAAAAUUUUAGUAAAAAAAAAAAACAAGAAAAAAAUAGUAGAAAAACAGAAAGAAGAAAAAAAAAAAGUCUGAAAAACAGAAAGAAAAAAAAUACUCAAAAACAGUUUCCUUUUCUCUUUAAUUUUCUUUAUUAGUGAAUGCAGUUCACUUCUGUAGAGAAUAAAGCAGAGUUAGACUUACUGACAUCAGUUUUUAGAAAACUCCAACAACCCUCGGUCCAGAUUUCUCUCUUGUUCCUCAAACCUGAAGAGGGUAUGAGCGGUGAAACAGUUUGUCUCCCCCUGCAGGUCUGGCCCGGUCUGACAGCAUAUCCAGACUUCUCUGAUGAAGCGACACACGAGUGGUGGUACGACAACCUCAAGAGGUUCUACGAGAAGGUCCCGUUUGACGGGCUGUGGAUCGUAAGUGUGGACUCAGACUGUUCUUACGAGCUCCUCCUGUGUUCGAUGAAAUCGUGUCAGUGACUUUUGACGUGUUCGUUUACAGGAUAUGAACGAGCCGUCGAAUUUCCUGGACGGGUCGACCAAUGGCUGUCCAUCAAACAGUCUUGAAAAUCCUCCUUACACACCCGGUGAGAUGAAGAAUCUGAAGUCUACAUCACACCUCGAACCUCACUUUUACUCAGACCUGAAACGAUCUCUAAUCUUUCCCUUCAGGUGUGUUGGGAGGUUUGCUGAGAUCCAAAACUUUGUGUGCCACCUCUCAGCAGAAGCAGUCCACCCACUAUAACAUCCACAGCCUCUAUGGACUCAUGGAAGCGAAGGCUUCUGCAAGGUAGAGACCCGUGACACACCCGAAACCACCGAACACUAAAAACUUAAAGAGUUCAUCAAACUGUCUUCGUCUCUCUUCUUGUCUUUGUCUCUGUCCUCCCCUCCAGCGCUCUGAAGAAGAUCAUCCCGAAGAGACCGUUCAUUAUCUCCCGCUCCACCUUCCCCAGUCAGGGGGCGUACUCUGGGCACUGGCUGGGGGACAACAGGAGCCAGUGGAAAGAUCUCUACACCUCUAUAGCAGGUUUGCUCAUUUAGACUCCAGCGUUUGAAGUUUCUCUUUAAUAUUUGGUUAAACUUUUAAAAACUUUUGUGGACCUAAAAAGAGUUUCACCAACUCUGCAGAGAUCUCUGACUUCCUCCAGCCUCUCACGACAGAAACCCGAGAAAACAGACUCAAGAUAGAAACAGACUUUUAAAGAGGUUUAUGAAACAUCGACGUUGCUGUGUAACCCAUCAUUCAAGGCUUGUGUGAUUUUUAAAGAUGUGUUGUUAGCUUUUAUUUGGCAGUUGUACAUUUUAUUGCCCUCACUACUCUGUACUUAGUCUGUCAGCAACAUCCCCAUGAAGCAGACCAGAGUCUCUUAUUUUUAACUUUCCCUUUAACCGUGUGUCUCUCUCUCUUGCUUAGGUAUGUUGACCUUUAACCUCCUGGGCAUCCCGUUAGUCGGAGCGGACAUCUGCGGCUUCAGCGAGGAGCCGCAGGAGGAGCUCUGUAUCCGCUGGACGCAGCUGGGAGCUUUCUAUCCCUUCACACGCAACCACAACGCCAUCGACAUGAAGGUACGACCUGAAAAUCACCUCAACUCUGCAGGAGUUAUAGUUGUAGUUAGAGCUGGGCGAUAUGGCCUCAAAUCAAUAUCACGAUAUAUUGAUCAGUUCCCCUCGAUAACGAUAAAUGGACGAUAACUACUCCAGAAGCUGCUCACCCCUCCAACAUUAACUUCGUCUACUUUAGCCGUUCAAACUUUUGAACCGACCUCCAUCUCCUCACCUGUCACCUGGAUGGAGUGGAGUCACGUAAAUUUUUGGUUUAUCGCCCAGCCCUAGUUGUAGUUUAUCUCAAACAUCCUUAAUUUUCAAAAAGAGCUCCAUACCAAUGAAAAUGAAGGAUUGAAGCAGAAAAAAAAACUGUUUUGAUUUGUUGAAUUUUUCAGCCUCAGGACCCGACUGCAUUCAGCCCUUCUGCGAACACGGCCAUGAAACAAGCUCUGCUGCUGCGUUACUCCCUCUUCCCGGUCCUCUACACCCUCUUCCAUCACGCGCAUGUUCACGGACACACUGUGGCGCGGCCUCUCAUGUUCGAGUGAGUCAUACUGUUCGAUUUAACUCAAGCUUAUCUCAUCGACACACGCGCUAACUUGACUGUUUCCUUAAGGUUCCCGAAAGACGUCAGGACGUACGGCAUUGACAAACAGUUCCUGUGGGGGAAGAGUUUAUUGGUGACACCGGUGUUGGAGCCUGGGGUCAAUUAUGUCAACGGCUACUUCCCAGAGGGUCUGUGGUACGAUUAUUACACGGUAAGACCCUCACCUGGUUUUGUAGUGAACACAGAGGCUGUGGACGGUACUCUUAAAGUCUGAUGUGGUGAUUUUAUUCUCAGGGCGACGCCGUUCACAGUAAAGGAGAAGAACUUCGACUCGGGGCGCCUCUGGAGAAGAUCAACCUGCAUCUGCGUGAGGGCUCAGUGAUACCAACACAGGUCAAUAAAAACAGUUAGAGCUGAUGUUUCCUGAAGGUUUACAGGCUUGAACAUUUCCUCUGUUCUGUCAGGAACUAGAUUCACGUAAACGUACAUUUUAAACUUUAAUAACUUCAUGUUUCCUCACAUUCUGGUCCAGUUUUUGGCACUAGAAUCUUCUAACUCUUAUGACAAUAAAUGUCCUGUUUUUUGUCUGUUCCACCUUAAAGGCGCCCAACCUGACCCUCUGGGUGAGCAGCGGUCAGCCCCUCCAUCUGGUCUCCGCUCUCUCUGAUGACGGUUCAGCCAGCGGGGAUCUGUUCUGGGACGACGGAGAAACCAUCGACACUUAUGAGACUGAAAAAUACGCCUAUAUCGUCUUUAAUGUCGCUGAGGUGCUCAAACUUUCAAACUUGACUUUUUAUCCCCUAACAGAAAAGAAAUUCACCCUCAGUGUUUGUUAUUCACAUUCAACUUUGAGGUGGUUUUAGUUUAGAUAGAUAGAUAGAUAGAUAGAUAGAUAGAUAGAUAGAUAGAUAGAGUAUGUCUGUAUAAAUACAGACAUACUGAAUUUUGUGUAACUCACUUCUCCACCUGUUUUCUAUUUUUUUUUUGAAGAGCGUGAUGACGUCGCAGGUGCUCCGCAGCAACGUGGAGGCCACGUACAUCACCGUGGAGACGGCCACUUUUUACGGCGUGAAGACGAAGCCGAGCAGAGUGUUGGUGAACUCCAGGGAGGCAGCGUUCGUCUACAAAUCCAAUCAGGUGAGGUCAGGGAUGAAACGCUACAAAGAGGUGAUGAGGUUUUAUGUCGCAGAUCUGGUAGGGGAUCAAAUUUAAAGAUGGUUAAAACAAGUUUUUUAUCAUUUUAUCUGAUUUGCACCAAGAAGACGCAGUGAUUCGAUUCCAACAUCUUGAUGCAUGUCGUGGCUCUGAAAUCUUAAAGGUGGGGUAGUCAGGAUCUGAGUUAGUACCAGUUUUUGGGAGAAAUCUUGAAUGUAAACUCUACCCCUCCCAACCAGUUUUCCCCUCAGCUCCUCCCCUUCCUCUCUUAAGCCCCGCCCACAAACAGACGCUCCUGCUCGCUCGUAUCGUUCCAACUAAAUUCAGAUAUAAUGCAGAUAAAUACUUCAGAUUGUUACAAAUGGGGCCCAGUCAAGGUGAAAGUACAAAGCAUUGGUGCUACUGUAGAUGCCAACAGACUACCAGCAAACACAAUGUUUGCAGGACUUCUACAACGAGGAUAAAGUGACAUAGUCCAGGACCCGAGGGAGACAGUGUAGCGGCGCAGAAACACUUCUGUUACAGACACUUGUCUUACUUUGUUAAAGCGGUUUACCUGUCCAGCAGAAAGAUUACAGGGUCUGUAAGAUCCCAAAGCGUCCCCCAUCGUUUAUGUUGACCCGGUUUUUUAGCUCUUGUCCGGUCUACCUCCGUUUUAAGCGCCCGUUUUUCCUCCAGAGUCUGUGUCGGCAGUCGUGGCUAAAGGAGGAUUCAGACAAUUUUCCAAACUUUCUGGUUGGUUUCUACUGUCCGAUAUUAUAGCACGCUAACUUUGUUUGGGCUCAUGAACGUCAUGGGGGAGCAGCAUCUGCCUCACAACCAAUCAGGAUGGGGGAGGUGGAGGAUGGCUUUGUUUACAGUCAGAAAGAGCGGACCGCUCGAAAAUUUAAAAAUAUUGACUGCACAGACAUAACAAAACACAGCGAUAUCAUGAUAUUCCCAAAUGUCAUCAAUGACUAAUAACUAUUGACUGAUAUUAAAAACUUUUUUGUAAAUAUGCCACAAAAAAAGAUGCUUCUUUAACAGAAUCCUGCCUACCCCACCUUUUAAAUAAUAGAACAUGUUUUACAGUUUAAUCAUAUCAAUAUCAUGUUAAAUCUUUAUUUCAAAGGAAAGCUUAAAAGAAAGUGAAAAAAGUUCAUUUGUCCAAAAUAUACAGAAGAAUAAACAAAGAAAGCUUUUAAAUACGCCUCACCCAAAAGCUCUUAUAUCAGGAUCUGAGGUUUUGAUUCACGCUGAAGUGAUGUCGUCUCUUCUCGCCUCUCUCUGCAGUUGUUGACGGUUGCAGAUCUCGGUCUCAACCUCAGUCAGAACUUCACCAUCAGCUGGAUGUGAUCAGGAGGUUUUCAUCCGUGGGUUUGUUUUCUCUUGUGUUGAGACGGUGGGGUUUACCCUCUGAGAAGUGUAGGAUUGGUUCACCUGACGCGGCUAAAGACCUGCAGACUGACUCAAAGUAAAUGUUUCUAUGAUGCCUGAUGGAGCUCUGAGACAAAAACUGUUCAGUAAACGGUUGUUUGUGUCCUCCAUGUUUGUAGAAAACACACAUAGAAACAAUCGCGCACACACUGACAAACAGCCUGAACACUGCUUUAGAUUUCUGUGAUUGAAAAUGUCCCGAUAGUUCAACUCCAGCUUCACUUUGUUUUUGUUUGAAGUAUUUCCAUCAGCAGAGAGAUGAUGUGCAAUAAGUGAAGAAGAAAAGGAGGAUCAAGUGUAAUUUACUGUUUGUGCUUGAACGCUGAUCAAAGCCGAUAUUUGCACUCAUCGGCGCUGCAGUAUUGUGAAGGUAGUGACAGGUGCCUUAUGAUUCCUGUUUGUGUGUUUUCUGAGUGUCUCUGGAUUUGUUUGUUCGUUCAACUUGUUACGUUUCCGAUGAUAAACCUGAGCUCUGCUAUGCACGAAGAUGACUUAAACGUAGACCUACAGCAAACUAGAUCCGCUCUGAGUGUCCUGUGAUCAUUUUCGUGUGAAUAUCCACUGACAAUCCUUUUUUGUGUGAGUGUGUGUCUGUUUUGCAAUGUUGAGUGAUGAUCUCUGACGAGGAUUGAUUAAAAAUUUGACCAUAACGCUGUGAAAAUCUGAAGCUUUGCACCUUUCGGAGCUUUUAACGAUGAAUGUGAGCUGUCAACUUUGCAAGAGCUGAAGAUGUUUCCGAGCAUGUAAAGUCUAUUUCACUGCCGUUCGUGUCAAAAAUGUGGCUUAAUGUUUGCAAUAUUUCACGAUGAAUUCUUGUGUUUUGUUUUUUUGUUCAUUUGCUCAUUAAUUAAACAGAAAAUACAAAACCAC